ACGGGGAGAUUAAGUUUCUGGUGAGAUUGAGAUCACGAUGUCCGGUAACGUUAAGAACGGCAACUUAGUUUAUGUGAAUUCAGAAUGUUUAUUUCUGUUAUUUUAAUUACUUUGUUGGGAUUAACAACUGGUUUUCAAGAGAGCUUUCGAAUAGGAAUUAUAUUGCGAGAUGGAGAUGAAGUUGCCGAAAAAAUCAUUGACAAUGCUUUCUGGAGGAUACUAUCUAAUGGUCCGUUCCCGAUACCUUACACGGCAGUUAAAGAAAAGUUGCUAGAUGAAGAUGCCUUUUAUUAUCACCAAGCAGUAUGCCGAUUGCUCAACAAAGGAGUUGGAGCUAUUUUGACCCCAACUGCUUCCUCUUAUUUCCCAGUACUGGCUUCCUAUUCGAAUGAAUACAAUAUUUCUUUGGUCAGUCCUGAACUGGUGGAGACUCCGGAUGAUCCCAAAGCUCCAGAUCUCAUGGCAAAGUUUGCUGUUGGAAUUCGUCCAAGCACUACUAGAGCCAUUUUAGAUCUUAUACGAGAUUUGAGAUGGCAGGAGAUAGUGUAUAUUUACGACGACGAAAAUGGACCAGAAAAGCUACAAAUAAUGUUCCGUGUCGGGUAUGGAGCAUUAAAAUUGAAAUUGCUAGGUAUCACAAGGGUAAGUUCGGCCAGACAAGCAAUAGAAUAUCUUCAGACUCUUGAUAAUCCUGGAAAACAUCGAAAUUUUCAUGUUAUUCUUGAUACCGAUGCUUCACUUGCUCGAGACAUUCUUCAGCUUCAUGUCCAUCACACAGGCAUCAGAAAGAAAAACUAUCAAUUUGUAUUAAGUGAACCAACAUUAGAGAAGUUUUGGACUUUACACGAAUUUGGAUUGUUGAAGAUAACUGGUUUUCUGGCAUUGCCACCCGACUUUGAUCGAGUAAACCAUAUAAAAGAAGAAUGGCUGAAAUUGCUCGGAAAUCGAUCACCCGAUGGAGAACCAGACUUAACUAUCUCAGACUAUUAUUAUUUCGACGCCGCAAUGUUUCUGUCACAAGCAAUAAGCAUGAUAUGGAACAGGAAAAUGAAUCCACCUGUUUAUGCUAUGAAACCUUUCAGCUCUAAAAUGAAAGAUUGCUUUCAAGGUCAAGUGGAUGGGCGAAUAGCUCAAAUAAUUAAGAAGACUAAUACAAGAAAGGGCCUAACAGGUAAUAUACAGUACCCUGAAAUAAAAGGAACUAGAAUAAACAUAAACCUCACCAUAGUGCAGUCAACUCCAACAGGAUACCGAGAAUUUGGAUCUUGGACAGAUACUGGAAACUUUGGGGGAAUUCGAAGAUAUAGCAAUUCUAAGUCAUAUAAACCCGGAGCCUUACCACAAGUUUCAGAUGCAAAUGUACUUCGGAUAACUACAAUCAUAAGUCCACCCUACAUGAUGAUAAAGAAGGCUGAAAAUGGGAGUGAAUUUCAAGGAAAUGAUCGUUUUGAAGGUUUCUGUAAAGACAUGAUCGAUAUUAUUUGUGGAAUGCUGCAAAUGAAAUGUAUGAUAAAUUUGGUAGAAGAUAACUCGUACGGUAAAUUUGAUUCAUCCAAAGAAAGAUGGUCAGGGAUGGUUGGAGAAAUAAUCCAAGGCAAAGCUGACGUUGCGGUGGCUGAUUUGGCAGUUACCGGAAAACGCCAAAGAGUUGUAGACUUCACUGACCCAUUUGACAUGGUGAGUUUCAGCGUAGUGAUGAAGAACCCCCAAAGUGUUCCAGCAGCCUCCUCGAUGUUCUUUGUCUUCAACGCCUUUUCGUUGGGAGUAUGGAUCUGCAUCCUAGCAUCAGCCAUCCUUUUCAGUGUUCUGUUCCAUGCCAUCACCAAGUUCACGGGUGCUCCAGACAGUAUUCAGUCAGCCUCAGGAAUAUGGGGUAGGAGAAAUGCUAUCACAAUGAAUGUUUGGUUUGCCAUAGGAAGUUCAAUGAUGCAAGGAACAGGUGUCUAUCCUAGAUCCAUUUCAUCCCGGAUAUUGACUGGAGCAUGGUGGUUUUCUACUGCUGUUUUCACUUGUUUGUUUAUAGCUUCCUUGACUUCACAACUCCGCGUGAAUGAUUCUACUGGAGAGCGUAGUCCACAAUAUGUACAAUUAAAAGCACUCUCAUUAGAAUCGAUUCUUCUUGAGUCCCUAGAAAAAGGAUGGCCAAAAGUAGGUGUAAUCUAUCCGAGCAAUGCAGCAUCAUUCAUAAAAAGGUCAAGUAUACCGUUAUAUAAAAGGCUUUCAGCAGUGUUAGAUGCCAACCCCGAUUUAAAAAUAAGUAGUAAAGAAGAAGGCAUUCAGAAGGUCAGAGACUCCAAUGGAGGUUUCAUUUUGAUGAUGGAAUCCACGAGUGGCGACUACUAUGGUCGACAAAAACCAUGUGAUCUUGUCCUUACUCAUGAUACAUACAAUUUUGCUGGCUAUGCCAUAGCAUUUUCCUCGGUUUUGGAUUCCGCGUUGAAGACAAAUAUUUCUACUGCACUCAUCAAAAUACAGAGAGAAGGUGUUUUGGGUCACCUUCAUCGAAAAUGGUGGAUAGAGUCCAGUCAAUGUAAAAAAGAUUUUGUACAAUUUGAAACUCUUGGAACUCUCCAUUCCUUUUCUGGUGUCCUGUGCAUUCUAUUGGCAGGAUUCCUAGUUCUUCUGAUAAUAUUCGGAAUUCAGUUUUCUAGAAGAAUCCAGGACAAGGAAAGUAGGAUGCACCAGUUAACAUUUGAUGACAUGAAUCUGGAUAACCGGUUGCCAACUCCACCACCGGAACUGCUCAGUCAACCUCCUCCUGUUCUGGAUGUCCCUGAAAUUGAGAAAAGGACCAGUGAAUCCGAAAGUUUUAAAGACUUUUUUGAUCGAAUGAGAACGGGUCCAUGAAAUACAAUUAUUUGAUAGCAGUUUUGGUUUAUUUUUCACAUCAGAAAAUUCAUCUAUGUUUUUAUGGACUUACAUCCUGCUCAUUUUGAAUUUUUUUAAAUUGUCACAGAAAGCAAAAUCCAUUAUUAUCCAGUAUUUUUAACAAAUACUGAUGAUAUAUGAAUAUAUAUAUAACUAUGGACUUUUAUGUGAUUCUGUGUAAAUGAAUAAACUUAUUUUAUGAUA